AUGGUGCACUGUGCGGGGUGCGAGAGGCCUAUUCUCGAUAGGUUUCUAUUAAACGUCCUGGACAGAGCUUGGCAUGUGAAAUGUGUUCAGUGCUGCGAAUGUAAAUGCAAUUUAACAGAAAAAUGCUUUUCACGAGAAGGAAAGCUCUACUGCAAAAACGACUUCUUUCGUCGUUUUGGUACCAAGUGUGCCGGCUGCUAUCAGGGUAUCUCCCCAAGCGAUCUGGUGAGGAGAGCGAGGAGCAAAGUCUUUCAUCUGAACUGUUUUACUUGUAUGAUAUGCAACAAACAACUUUCCACCGGAGAAGAGCUCUAUAUCAUAGACGAAAACAAAUUUGUUUGCAAGGAUGAUUUUUUAAACAGCAAUAAUUCGAGAGAAAACGGCUCGCUGUCAGUAACGGCAUGUAGUGAUCAAAGUUUAUCACCGGAUUCUCAAGAUCAUUUACAAGAUGACACAAAAGACUCAGAAAGCGCCAAUAUUUCAGAUAAAGAGACUGCCAUUAACGAGAACGAGGAACAGAAUCUGGGAGCCAAGCGCCGAGGUCCUCGCACAACCAUCAAAGCAAAACAGCUGGAAACUCUCAAGGCGGCAUUUGCAGCGACCCCUAAACCUACCAGGCACAUCCGAGAGCAGCUAGCUCAGGAGACCGGGCUAAACAUGAGGGUUAUCCAGGUCUGGUUCCAGAACAGGAGGUCUAAAGAGAGGCGGAUGAAGCAGCUGAGUGCUUUAGGGGCUCGCAGACACGCGUUUUUCCGCAGCCCCAGACGGAUGAGACCCCUGGGAGAUCGCCUCGACGGGGCUGACAUGAUGGGAAACGGCCCUUUCAAUUACUACGGGGAUUAUCAGACUGAAUAUUAUGGUCCUGGAAGCAAUUAUGAUUUCUUUCCUCAAGGUCCCCCUUCGUCUCAAGCUCAGACUCCAGUGGAUCUGGGUUUUGUACCCUCCUCCGGGCCUGGGGCGACCCCACUCGGCGGACUCGAGCAUCCACUGCCCGGCCAUCACCCGAGCAACCUGCCGGGGCCAGGCGACAGCCAGAGGUUCACCGACAUGAUCUCUCACUCUCACGGGGACUCUCCGAGCCCAGAGCCGGGCUUAACAGGACCGUCAAUGCACUCGAUGGCGGCGGAUGUGUUCGGGCCGGGUCCCAGUCCGUCUUUUUCCCUCACCAAUGGGGGUUAUACCAGUCACUUGUCACAUCCGCCUCCGGAAAUGAACGAGGCUGCCGUUUGGUAA